AAACAUUCAACAGGUUGAUUGUCGUUGUUAAUCAAAAAUUGUGACAAUUUUGUUAACAUUCAUUUUAUUAUGAACUUUUAAUUUUCUAACUAAUUAUAUUAUGAAAAUAUCUAUACUUUUAGUUCUGUAACAUGGCAAACGGCGGUUGGCGAGAAUGUUCAAAUUGGCUAACAAGGUGUGGCGCAAUCAGAGCUGAUCAUAAAGUUAAUUGGCCAGAAUCUACAGUCGACGAUUUGGCUCAUACACUUAGGGAUGGAGUAAUCUUAUGUAAUCUCCUAAAAAUUCUAGAGCCGGGAUGCCUUGGUUCCAAAGAUAUAAAUCAAAAACCACAAAUGGCUCAAGUAAUAAUUUAUUAGUUUUUAUUAUGCUUUGGAAAAUUGAUCAAAUUUAAUAAAAAUGACUACAAAUUUUAAUUGAAGUACAAAAUUAAAACAAAAAUUACUUUUAUUUUUAUGAUUUGUAGUAUAAAACUUCUUAUGAAACUCAUGCAUACAAAUUAAUUUUUAUUUAAUAAAGUAUAUUAGGUGUUCCAGGUACCUAUUACCACAGGUGCAACUAUACCACUAACUUUGUGGGUGCUCUAAUUAUAAACACAUUACAAACCCCCCGAGGAGUAAUGCCCUCACAAUUUUCUUUACAUGUCACUUAUGAAAAGCAACUACACAUUUCAUUUACAAGUUUUAUAUAGAAAUGUACCAUUACUUUUUCAGCUUAAUUUUGUAUAUACACAUGUAUUGUCUUUAGAUAAUUUGUAGAAUGUUUUGUUUAUUAAUUAUGAAAUACACAAAUAAAAGAUUUAAUUGGUACCAUAAAAACCUUAUUGGGUAUUUUUAGGGGUGCUAAUGACCCACUUAAACCCUUUUGAUAUAUCACAGCAGCCAGUACCCUAGGUGCUAUUAUAAACAAUGUUUACAUUACUAUUGUAAUAGGUACCCAGUAUAUUUAAUAUGUUUAUCGAAUAAAAAUUAGUUUGUAUGCACAAAUUUCAUAUUUAGUUUUAUAAAAUAUUCGGUAUAUUAAAUAAAAAAACAAAAUAAUACCUAACUAAUAAUAUUAUUAAUUUAAUUAUAAAUACAUUAUUUGUUAUGUAUCAUAAUAUAACCUUUAUAUUACCCAACAGUUUAUAAUAUAUUUAAUAUAAUUAACUAUAAAUUAGGUACUAACAAAGUAUCUUGAUUGUUUUUAAAUAGUUAUAAGUGGUUUUCAUGAUUGCUUAUAGCCAAUUUAAAAAAAAAAUUAGGUACCAUGCUUUUAUGUAAAUAAUGUUUGUUUUAAGAUAAAUAGGUAUUGUUUUGUUAUGUAAUAAUAACAAUACUUUUAAAUUUUGAAACAUAUUAAAUUAAUGUUUUAUUCCAAAAAUGCAGUCCCGUUUGCUAUUAAUUUAUUAUUAUUUACAUUGAAUAGGGUCAUUACUUAUUAUAAAUAUUGUCUAGUAUACACCGUGUAAUUAUUUUAUUAUGAUCCACCGAUUUUCUUGGAUGAUUUGAAGUAAAUUUGAUUUCAGUUUUUGAAUUGUUAUAGAAUUAUUUAAAUUUUAUUUUUAUACUAUUUUCAUGAUUUUAUAUGUGUUCGUCUUUAUAUAUCUUUUUCUUUUAUUCCUCCUUCUUAAAUUAAUAUUCUUCUUCAGCUAGCUUAUACUAUUCUUCAACGUCACGCCUCUCGAUUCUAAAUUAUAUUUUUCCAAUCAUCUACUUCUAUUCUUCAUAGAUCCUUCUCGACUACACCCAUUCAAAUUUUCUUUGGUCAUCCUCAUGGCCUCUUUUCUGUUGGUUUCCGGGACAUUACUACUUAAGUUACAUUAUUGUUAUUUUCACACAUUACAUGAUCAUCCCUAUUUCCUCCAACAGUUCUCUGUUGAACUUUCUUCCCCAUAUACUUAUGUUCUCAUCCAUCUUAGAUCUGCAUAUUGUAGCUAUUCAUAUCUCUCAUUCAUAUGUGAGUGUGGCUUUUAUCGUUGUGUAUUAUCUAUUUUUUGUCUUUUUUUGACAGAAUUAUUGACUUUAAGAUUUUAGAUAGAUUUCUGCUUUUGAUAUUCACACUACAAUUUUGUGUGACCAAUCAUUUUAUGCAUUCAAACAUACACCAAGGUAUUAAAAUUCUUUGACUUAUUCAUAUGAGUUCAUAAUGUAUAUUUCAUUAUACAGUAAUCUAUGAUUUUUGUUUUUCCUAUUUUUAUUCCUAGACCUAUUUUUCCCCACUGCUUCCCUCAAAUACGUAGACAGCUUUUUUUGCAUUAACCCUAACUUUGCCCAAGAUAUUCAGAUCUUCUUUAAAACUUAGGAUAUGAAUCCUACGUUGAUCUAUUUCUAUUCCAGUUGCUCCUUUUUGCAUAUCUCUGAUUGCUUUAUUCAGCUUAAUAUUAAACAGCAAUGUACAUAACAAAUCACUUUUUAACCCUGUUUUUACUGUAAAUGCUUGAGACAUAGUCUGAUUUUCACUGUGAAUGUUACCUCCAUGUACAGUUUGGUCAACAUAAUCAAUUUUUAAAUGAAUACUAAUUUUUAAAUUUUAAAAAGCAGCCCCCUGUUUUCAAUAAAGAUUCAGCCAACUAAUAUUUUUAUACAAAACGUGCUAUUUAUAACAAUAUUGGUUAUCAUUUAUGAGCCUUGCUAAGUUUUGAAAAUAUUGCAAAUAAGAUCAAUAACAAGUCCAUAAUGACUGAAAAAACAAAAACAAAUUUUACUAAAAAUGUUGAUUAUCAAUAAGUCAUAAUUUAUAAAAUUUCCUUUUAUUAAAGUAUUGUGUAUUUACCAUUAUAAAUUAUAUGUUCUAGGUUAUAUUACCUCUAAUAAUUUACUUUCAUAGAAAUGAAAAGUAAGAAUAAUACAUCAUUAAGUAAAAAUAGUGAUUUUGAUACAAAUUUUAACUUAAUAUUACAUAAAGAACUAUAUUUUUAAUAUUAUAACUUAAGAUAUACAUAAAUAUAAUAAAAAAAUUUCUUGAAUAUAAAAUGUACUUGUAAUUUAAUAUAAAUGAAAAUUCUUUAACAAUAUAAGAUCUGGUUAUUAAUUUAGAUAGUUUGUAAACAACUUUACCAAGUUUACAAAUUGUAUUUUUUGUUUCGUUAUUGUUUUUGUUUUCAGUUUUUAUGUUUACGCAACAUAAAAACAUUUCUACAAGUGUGUCAAGAAGUGUUUGAUAUAAAGGAGUAUGAUAUGUUUGAUCCAGUUGUAUUAUUUGAAUUGUCAGACUUUUUUAAAGUUAUUCGUACAUUAUCAAUUCUAUCUCGAACUCCGAAAUUACAAAGACUUCAUAUACCGUAUGUACUACAGUUAUAACUUAAAAUAUCUAUUUAAUUUAUUAGGUACUUAUAAAAAAAAAAAUGUGUUUUGAUUGCAGAGGAUUUAUUGUUACUAAACCUAGAACACUAUCACAAGAAGAUAUUUACAGAAACAUUAAUUCACUGUAAUUUAUAUUAAUUUAGAUAAUUUUUAGUUAUGGGUAUUUUUUUAGACAUCUAUAUUAUUCUAAUAAUUUGUAUUAAAUUAUAACUUAUGUUAUAAUACCCAUAACUAUAAUAUUAAUUAUUUUAAUUUUAUAAUUGAUGUUUAUAUUUUUUAUAAUUUAUCUACCUAAAUUUUAGAGACCUGGUCUCAUCAAGAAGUGCUUUAUUAGAUUCUUUUCAUGAAAAUGAAUAUACUAGUUAUGAUACUCAUAUUCGAAAUGAAGAAAUUUAUCAUGAUUUAUGUGCAAUCGAUAAUAAUUGUUCUUCAAUAGCUAUUUCAGAGGUAAUUAUUGGUUAUUAAUUACAACUUGUUUUAAAAUAUAGCGAUUGUUAAAAUGUAUUUAAAAAAACCUAUAUGUAUCAAAGUGUAUAUUUAAGUGUUAAAAUAAAACUAUAAUUAACUUUGUUAAAAAUUAUUGAUUCUAGCACCCUGUAAUUGCACAACAGACAAUUGAAAAACGAGAUUAUGUAAUUAAUGAAUUGGUUGAAACAGAAAAAAAUUAUGUUGAUGUGUUACAAACACUUUUAAAAUGCUUUAUUAAACCACUAUCAAAAAUAAUGAAAGAAGACGACUUUUUUACAAUAUUUCAAGGAAUCAAAGUAAUCAAUGAAUAUAUAAAAAAAAAAAAUGUUAUUUUAUGAUAUUUUAUUAAUUAUUACAAUUUAUUUAUUUAGGAGCUGUAUGAAGUGCAUAAAGAUUUCCACCAUGAUUUAAUAAAAGCAUGUUCAUCGUAUAGCACUUUAAGACUUUCUGAUGUUUUUCUCAAUUGGAAGGAUAAAUUUUUAGUUUAUGCAGAUUAUUGUGCUAACCUCACUACAGCUCAAGAUCGAAUACAAGAUGUCUGCAGCCAAAACGAACAUAUCUAUAGAGAAGUUAAUGUAUGAAUAAAUAUAUUAUGUUUCUUAAUACUUUGUCUACUUUUAUCAUAUCAAUCCAGUUGACUACCUAUAUGCCUAUAUGUUUAUUUUAUUUAUUGUUACAACUUUAUAGUUUAUUUAAGUUUAUUAUAUAUUUCUUAUAGUUAAAAGAAAUAUGCAUAUAUAUAUAUAUAAAUUACUUUUAUAGAGAUGUCAAGAAGAAGCUAAUAAUGGCAAAUUUAAAUUGAGGGAUAUCUUAUCUGUACCCAUGCAAAGGAUACUCAAAUACCACUUAUUAUUAGACAAACUAAUACACGAUACUCCACAGGUAUAACAAUAAACACUAAAUAAGGUUUUUUGGUAAUUUUCAAAUAUUAUGAUACAAUAAGGAUGUACUAGAUACUGUUAAUAAUUAUUGUAAUAAUUUUUUGUAUUGAUAUAAAAUAAAAAUAUUUAAAAAUUUAUCUUUACUCUAGUAUAAAUUCCUAUAAUUAAUACAUAAUGUUACAGUUAUGUUUAUUUACGUAAUGAAUCAUUAUUAAAUAUUAGAGAAAUAGAAACUAUAUUAAUUUACAAAUUAAUACAUUUUGUUAAAGAAUCUUAAUGACCUAUUGUAUUUCCGUACAAAAUAAAUAUCUGUUAAUAUUUUUUUAAAUAAUUGUAUAGACACACAAAGAUCUUCCAGGAUUAGAAUGGGCCAAAGAAUGUAUGGUAGAUGUAGCACAAUAUAUAAACGAAGUAAAGAGAGAUAGUGAUACAUUGCAAAUAAUGAAUGAUGUUCAGGUAUAUGCAAAUUAAUUCUUCUUCUUCUCUUUUGCUUUCAUUCCAAUUAUUUGGAAUUUAUCAUUUUCUAAUUAUUGAUUUCCUAAGUUUUCAAAUUGCUAUAAUACAUAACUAAAUAAUUAUAACGUUUUCAGAAAAGUAUUGUUGAUUGGGAUGUAGUUGGAAUAACACCGUUAAAGAACUAUGGACAUUUAAUUGCAGACGGUGAAUUAAAAAUAAAAUCACACAAUGAUCAAAAAGUAAAACCGAGGUAGUUAAAUUAAUUUUAAAUGCUUAGUUUUUUUUUUUUUUGGUAUGAUGUUGCUUUCAAUUAUCAUGCAUGUUAGUAAUAUGUUUAGGAAUUAUGAUUUUUCUUUGCUUCUUUGUAGCUGUUAAAUUUAUUUUUGUAGAUAUGUCUUCAUUUUUGAUCAAGUUGUAUUGAUGUGCAAAUCAAUAAGAGUAAGUAUAGUUUUAAUUUGUGUGUUAUUUUUGAUUAGCGAUUUUUGGAUUUUUGGAUGUUUUUUACCCCUUUAAGUCAAAAAUAUUGAACAGAUUGAGCUGAAACUUAGCAUAGAUAUAGUUUUAGAUCAGAAAUAACAUAUAAGUAUCAUUUUCUCUCCUCAACAAAUCAAUUCCUAUGGAAUUAAAAAAGGGAUGUCAAAGUUUGUAUAGAAAAAUACAUUAUUUAUAUAAUAUAUACAAGAAAAGUUAACUGCAGUGAUAUUCCCUAUCUUAGGAGAAAAAAAUGUUUUAAUUUGUUUUUGUUCAAUACUGAUAAGGGUAAAGCUGUGUGGAACAGCUAGUAUUGUAUGUAAAAUAAGUAAUUACACGUCCUGCCUGACUGAUUUACCAUCGCACAAACGUCUGAAUCUAAAAACAUGACAGUUUGCAUAGUUUCCUUUUAAAUUACUAUAAAGGGAUGUUUGGAAAUUUUGACUCUAAAGGAAGAGACCCUUUAGUUUAGUCCUUAGAAAACAAUAUAUAAUUGAUUAUUAUUGGUUUUAAGAAUAGAGGAAUAAAGUUCCCCUGGGGGAAGGGAUAGUAGUCUGAUAAAUGAGGUAAUAUCUACAGAUAUUUAAUUUGUCAUUGACAGAAGAUCUUUUUAUUUAUAAGAAAUUUUAAUUUUAAUUUUUACACCUUUAGUUCAUCGGUUUCCAGAGUGAUCAAUAUUCUUUCAAGCAAUUACUUUUUAUAUCACAACAUCGACUUGAAGAUUAUACCACUCGUAAGCUCUUGUCAAGAGACAAUCGGUGGUCCCAUCAGUUUAACAUGGUUCCUAAAUCAGAAGGUACUACAUACACGUUUUAUGCUAGAUCUGAAGACCAAAAAAUGAAAUGGAUGAAAGCUAUACAAGAUGCUAUGUAAGAGAAUAAACAUUUCUAUUCAAUUAAUAAUUAAAUAUAAAUAAUAUGCAUUACAUUUUAUUAUUCUACCAUAAUUAGGAUUAGAUUAAAAUGGUUAAAUAAUUAUGUUUAGUAAUUUUCAUUUGUUAAUUCAAUGACAAUUUAUAAUGAAAUAUUUAGAGGAGACUUUCACCUAAACAUAAUAAAUCCCUGUCUUCUAACCAGGGGUGUAUAAAUGGGAAUGAGGGGGAUAUAUUCAGUGUUAUAUUCAUCUAGGUAAAUUUUAGAUUCCCGAGCUUAGCGAGGGAGCUAUUGGUUUCACUAAGAUAUUUUUUUUUUUUUUUUGUCUAUGGAUACAUUUUUUCCUUGUAAACUUGCUUCGAUUUUUAUAUGUAACAACUUUUCUGAAAGCUCAAGUUGUUUAGAUGGUCCUUUAGACAUGUCAUUUUUUGAUUUUCAACGCCAUUUUUUAAAUAAAAGUACUUAAGUGGGAAAAAAUGUAAGAAAACUUACAAUUUCACGAUUUCAUUAUUUUAUACGAACAAUGUGUUUUUCUUUUUUAAUUUUUUACAAUGGUAUAUUUUUUUAUAUAAACUGUUGACCACUUCUAGAAAACUUCCUCCGGUGUUUAAGUAUAUCACCUUUUCUGAAAGUCAAUUUUAUCUACUUAGUAAAUACUUAGAUCAUUUUUUAAUUUUCGUAAUAGUAUUUAAAAUAAAAAUGAUUAACCUGGGGAAAAAAUACAAUUUUUUCACGAUUUCGUUAUUUUAAAUAAGUACCUAUCACAAAUAUGUCACCAAUUGAAAAACGACAAGAAACCUUUUUUGUUGAAUUAUUAUUCUUGUUUUUCAUGAUGCAGGUUAAUUUUUUUUUUUUAUAAGCGUUUUGAAAUUAAAUUUAAACGAAAAUUGCAAAUAAAAUUACAGCACUUCAAAUUAUGUAAUGCCGAACUGCGCUCGGAAUCGUCUUUUGUCAGCUAUGGUUUAUUGUUGCUUACAGAUAUAAAUGAAAUAAUCUUAUGUAUCCUACCUUCUCAACUUCUCACCUAUAACAGUGGCUCCCAUCCCCAGUAUCAGCUCUUUUUUUAAAUUUUAUCUCAUUAGGGUAAAUUAAAAAUAAGUUAUCUGAGAUAAAAUCAUAAUUUACCUAUAUGUUUAUUAAAAAUAAUAAGUAAAAUAUUUAAUUCAUAUUCAUAGGGUUUUAUAAGUAAAUUACUAACUUACAUCAAUCAAAAAUAUUUUUUGAGAUCUAGAUGUAUACAUAAUCUAGUUCACUUUUACUACUUUUAGCACAAAAAAAAAAAUGUUUAUUUUUAUAAAAAGUUGCAGAUUAUUGAGAUCUUUAUUGAGAUCACUAAAUUGUGAUGCAUCUUUUAUCUUAAUCUAGAUUCUAGAUAAUUAUCCUAAUGAUAGAUAUCUUUAAUAUCUCGUAAUUUAAUACAAAAUUAAAUGUAUUUUGGUCCUUUUGAAAUAACAAAGUUUUUUUACUCAAGGCUCUUCUGAUGUGACAAAUUUUUAUAAUUUUGAACCACCUAUUCUUUGUGAGUCAUGCAUAUGUUUUGACUUGUAUACUGUGUUUCUGUAUAUAGAGGCAAAAUUUCUAGUAACAAAAGAAAAAAAAACAUCAUUGUAAAACAAAUAUAUUCCUAGCUCUAUUCAGAAUCUAAAAUACCCAAUGAGAAAUUUACCCAAGAAGACCAUAAAAUUUAAAUAUUUGAUUUAAAUUAGUAUAAUCUAAAUACUUACUUAACUACCUACAUUUUAUAAUUUGAAUGCAAUUUAUAUUUUUGGAUACAUUUUAUCUACAAAAUAAUACAUACCGUUUUAUUUUCAGGGACAAUAAUGAGCCAUCUGUAUGCAAUUUAACAAGUCAUAAAUUUAUAAUGCACAGUUUUGACACUCCAACUGUAUGUUAUCAUUGUUCAAAAUACUUGAAAGGCUGUAUUUUUCAAGUAAAAUAAUUGAUUAUACAAUUAAAAUUUAAUUGUAUAAACAAGUAUUCAAAAAAAAUUAUUUUAUUUUUAUAGGGUUAUAAAUGUAAAGAAUGUUUUAUCAGUGUACAUAAACUAUGCAUACCAGAAUCAGGACGGUGUGGUUUAAUUAGUCCUCAAUCAACAACUACUCAUAAUACAAUGUUUCAAAAUAAAUUUCCAAAUAAUUUUGAUCGCCAUAGAGUAUGAAUUUAUAUCUUUUAUGUAUAUACUAACAUAACAACUUAUUUGUUUAAAAUAAAAAUUGAUUUUUAUUAUUCCUUUUUUGUAUGCAAAAGUAAUUAAUGAGUUGAUUUAUUUCUAAAAUAGCAAAUAUAAUUUUAAUACAAUAUUCAAAAAUAUUAUACAUAAUUAUCUUAGUUAAAAAAUUAUAUACAUUUUAUAUUUCAAAAGUGGUAGAAAAAUUUAGUGAGAUCCCAGAUUCUAAGCAGAACGAGGAAACUAUUAAUUUCCAAUUGUAUUUUAUUUCCUGUAGUAACUAUGUUAAAAACAUUUCAUUUAACAACUACAUAAAUAGAUUAAUAUAUAUUAGAAAAAAUUAAGACAAGGUUUCAACAUUUCGAUUUUAAUUCUGAUUAAUUUUAAAUUUUAAAUUUUAAAAUUAAAAACAAAUAUUGACUUUUGCUAUUGUGAUCUUACCAAAUCAGAGACCUGCUUAAGGUUUAAAAUUUAUACCUUACUUUUUUAGAGUUCAAAUUAUUUGCAUGCACAGAUAAGAUAUAAAUAAUUUUAAAACAAACAUGUACAUUUACAAUUUAAAAUGCUUAACAUAAAAUUCAAUCAGUUUUAAUUUUUGUAAUUAGAGGCUUGCACAACCUAUUAUUUUACUCAAAACACGAUUUAGAGGAUUAACUGUUGUGCCUUGUAAAAAUGUCAAAUUUUCAUGUUUAUUUUCCUAAGGAUAUAUUGGACUUCAAUUUUUGAUUAUAUAAACCAAAUGUCCCAUAAUAAUAAUUUAAAAAAUUGGUUUUCUUCAAAGUCUAAUUAUAAUAUUUGGAUAUAUAAUUUUCAAAUACCAAGUUACCAAGUAUUCUAUAAUUCUUUUUUCAUCAUUCUAACAAAAAAUAUAUAAAUAAUUAAAAACGGAACACUUUAAAAUGCAAGAGAAUUAACCCUAUAAAGCAUUUAUUUGGUAAAAAAUAAAACAGAAUGAGAGCAUGUUCCUUAAUAUUGUAAAUGAUUUGAUUGAAAAGAUAUUGUGUAAUUAUGUGUGUUAAAUAAAUAAAAUAUGUUUUUAUUUUAGUCGCAUGAUUGGUCAGACAAUGAUACACUAACAGAACAUUUAUGGCAAGUAUUACGAUUAGCAAAACAAUUAAAUAACAUUGAUAAUUAUAAUACCAGUGGUCGAGAGUAGCGUCGCUACAGUAGCAAGCUAUUUUAUUUAUAACAAAUAAUGUAGUGUUGCUAUCGUACUCACAGUGUAGCGAAAUACUAUAGUGCGCUAUAAAUUUCACAAGUACCAUAGAUAGUGAAUAUUGUCACUACUCAAUAAUAAUUGAAUAUUGAAUGUUCUGUGAUAAACUUUCAAAUUUCAUAUAGAAGUAUGUAUAGAAGUUGUGAAAGGUCAAAAAAAAUUAUCAGUCAUUAUGUUAUUUAUAUUAGUUGUAUUUGAUUAUCAUGGGCAGUAUCCUGACAGGGCUUCAUUAUAAAAUGUAUAAUAAUAUACAAGUUUAUUGUUUACAUUAUUUGUAAUACUAUUAGUUAUUACAUAACCGGGUUCUACAUUCAAUCCCUUACAAUUAUGUAUUAAUUUUAAGACACCACUUUUAUACAAAUAAUAACAUAACAUACAAAAUGUUCAUAAAUCUUGUUUAGUUCAAUAAAUUAAACAAAUAAUUUAGGUUUGUUGGAGAAAUGGAUAGAGAUCGAGCGACCACUUUAUUGGAAAGUGAAUCUGAUGGUACAUAUUUGGUACGAAUACGACCUCAAGGGCCUACUAGACCAGUAGAAACAGUAUAUGCUUUAAGUUUAAAGUAAAGAUAUCAUUAUAAAAUUGCUUAAAGUUAACUGAUACUAAUUACUAGGGUUCAGGACUUUCAUUUGCAUGUUUUUUUGUAGCGGUCGUAUAUUAUUCUUGGUAAACAAUAAAUUUGUUUUAUGAAGUAUCGAAAUUUAAUACAAACUUUGAAUUUGCAUAUUUUAGUAAAAGUGUAUAUUUGAGAAAUUUUUACCAUAUUUGUGCAUGUUUCACAUGUUUUUAAUUUUUACAUAAUUAAAAUUGUCGGGUAAAUCAUAUUUGGAUAACAUUCAAACAUAUUUCUUUUAAUAAAUUACUUUGGAUAAGUAGGUCAUAGAUGCGUGUUUCUUUAACUUUAUCAAUUAGUAAUCAACCUUGUUAUCGAUAAUUUUUAUUAUGUACCUACCUAUUUUUGAUAUUUUUAUUUCUAUAAUUAUAAUAUGGUUCAUGCAAAAAUGAAGUGGAAAAUUGCUUCCAUAUUUUUAAGCAAAUUUUGAUGAUUUUGACUGCAUAUUUGCAUGUGUAUCCAAUCAUUUUUAGUGCAACAAGUCCCGAGCCCUACUAAUUACUAGUUUAUUUAAUUUGAAAUAUGUAUUUAUAUACCAUGUACUUUUUAGAUCCAACAAUCAAGUAAAACAUAUGAAAAUAUGUGAAAGAUUAGAAGAUGGGAUUAGCAGCUUUUAUUUAUCAGAAAAACGUUUCUUUCCUAAUUUAGUUGAAUUAGUUAACUUUUAUGAACGAAAUAGUUUAAGUGAAAAUUUUACUGGGUAUGCACAUGAAAAUGGAAAAAAUAAAACUAUUAAUAACAAUUUUAUUGUAUUUUACUACUUCCUUUGUAGGUUAGAUAUUAAAUUGAAAUGGCCAUUUUGUCGAAUACUUGCUGUAGCCAAGUAUAAUUUUUCUCCUACUGAAUCGAAUCAGUUACCUUUAAAAGAAGGAUGUACAUUAAAAAUUUUGAGUAAGGAAGGCGAUCAAAAAGGAUGGUGGAAAGGACAAAUUGGGGACAAAGUAAUAAACUUAAUUAUAUUAAUAUUCUUAUAAAACAAAAAAUAUAUUAAAUUAAUUUCAGAUUGGAUUUUUUCCAAAAGUUUAUGUACAAGAAAUGGCAAAUACACAUUAAAAAUCAAUCCAAAUUAGUACUUGAUUCAGUUGUUACUAGUGCUUUAAUUCGUUUACAACCAGAAGUAGAAAAUAACUUUUGUGGAUCUGGACCAAAUGGAAUUAUCUGUAAUAUUUCACUGAAAAAAUAAAUGAAAAAUAAUAUUAUAUAAUAUUGUUUUUAUAAACAAAGUUCAUUUUUAACAAAUAAUUUUACUAUUUGUUGCGAAUAUCCAAAACAUAAUUAUUUAUUUAUAUACAGAGUGCCCCACUAAGAUAUACACAUUAUAUUAUCUUCGGAGAUAAUAAAAAUAAUCAAAUUCUGUUUUUUUAUAUUACUUGCAGGGAUAAGGUCUAUAAAUAUUUAUGUUGAAAUUAAUUUUUUUUGUUUCAAUGAAAAACAAGAAAAGAAAUGUAUAUUCAAUUAGUCGUAAUAAUAAUAAACAAUUAGCGAAUACGAUUACAGCAUGCUGCAUAAUUAUAAGUACUUUGAUACUUUGAACUUUAAAAAAUUAUUAAAAACCACAAAUUUAAUAAGUCAACUUCAAAUUUUUCAAAAAUAAUACAGUAAUUUUUUACUAAAACAUAAGAAAUUAAUUGCAAUAUAAAUAUGUUUAGUCCUUAUCCCAAUGAGUAAUAUAAAAACCUAGAAUUUGAUUAUCUUUAUUAUCUCUGGAGAUAUUACAAUAAGUAUAUCUUAAUGGGACACCUUGUAAAUAAAAUUAUAUAUUUUAAUUGUGGGGGCUGUAUUUUCUAAAUUUCAUUUGGUGUUUAAAAUUUUAAAAAUAAUAAAGACAUAAGAGAACUAAUGUAAAAAAAAAGUAUCUAAAUCUAAAGUUUAAAAUGUUUAAUAUGUACUAAACACCCCAAUAGUUGGUACCCAUGAAUAUAACACAAUUAUUAAAUUGAAAAUUUAUUAAUAUUGUUUACAAUUUUAUUAUGGUUAGAGUAACAGUAUUUUAAUUUAUUUAGUAUUAACAGUAUAUUUAAUUGUGUGAAUAAAUUAUUCAACAUAUCAAAGUUAAGUUUAUCAUUAGUUAUAUUUAUUAUUUAUAUAUUUUUUUUAACUUUUUUAGCUAUAGUGUUCAUAAUUCUGUC